AAUGGAAAACAAAAGUCCGACGCACCACCGCCACGGAAAAUGGCGAGAGACUGGCAACAACUUCCAUGGAUCACCAAUACCCCACAAGGCCGCAGAAACUACCAACCGUGACCAUCGCUCCACCAUGCUCCGGGACACGUAACUUAUUGCACUUAAAAAUGUUGUAUUGCUAACAGCUCGUACUAAUGAUGUUGUCUGAUUACAUGACUGGUUUACACUAUGCAAUUUAAAAAAAAAAAAAAGAUACCGCACAAGUGGCCACCUCGCAUAGGCCCACUGCUGGCGGAAAAUCCACACUGCUCAUUCUUCGAUUGUUAUAAUUGAUAUUGUUUAGAAUUCAAGGUUAAGACUGCAAAUCUAAUUACAUAUUCCACUUUGGAAAUACCAAUUUAGUUCCUACCAAACUUCCACUGACCCCCAAUGACGGCCCACUAGUGAGCCAUUAAAUACCCGUCUGCACACUGUUGCAUCAGGCCCUCGAGGCUAACGGGCAAGUGUACAUAGUUUAACCCCAACCCUAUCCCUGUACCUAAAAAAAAAAAAAAGUCCCCUCCCAUAGUCUCGGUAACAAACCCUAACGCCAAAAAAAAAACUCCAUUACUGGAGAAGGUACAUAAGUGUCUACCCGUAUACCACCAUAAAACCAAGCAAUAUGCCACUUAAAUUCUUCUCUCUUAACGUCAAGGGUCUCAAUACACCCAACAAACGCAGACUAGCCCUCCAAGAGGCCAAAAGACAUGGGGCACAAGUGGCCUUCUUUCAAGAAACCCAUUUUAAAUGGGGAUCUACGCCCAGAUUUAACUCCCCAUGGUUCCCUGUAGAUUACCACACUUGUUACCAUAAAAAAAAGAGGAGUUUCGAUCCUAAUUCAUAGAUCAGUUGUCUUUGAACUUAUUCGCAAAAUCAGUGAUAAAAAGGGCAGAUAUCUGAUAUUACAAUGCCGUCUCAACAACCAACCAUAUACUUUGAUGAAUGUAUAUAGCCCAAAUGAAAGUCAACCUGUAUUCAUAGAUGAUAUGUUUUGUCUCUUGUCAAGGUACAGCUUUGGGGAGGCAAUUCUUGGAGGCGACACUAACUUUCUCCUGGAUGCAAAUAUGGACUCAUCCUCCUCCAAAAGGGUAACCUCCAAAACACUAACACAACACCGCAAACAAACAUCCCAAAUAUGUCACACACUAACGACACACAACUUUAUAGACCCAUGGAGAAUAUCACACCCGGCAGACAUAGAUUAUACCUGCUAUACAGCUGCACACAACAGCUAUUCUAGAAUCGAUAGAUUCCUCAUAAAGGCCACGUCUCUAACAAGACUAAUAAACACAGAUAUUGGGGUUAUCUCCUGGUCGGACCAUGCCCCCAUCACCAUAACUCUAACUGAGCAAUUCCCGUCUACCGGCAGAUCAACCUGGAGACUCAAUGAAUCUCUGCUUAACGACCCAGUAAUAAUCUCACAGAUUACCACAGAUCUACAAAACUAUUUUACUGAAAACACAAGAUCGGGUACUACGCCAGAAUACUUAUGGCUAGCCCAUAAGGCUGUGAUAAGGGGCAGCUUCAUUAAACACGCAAGCCAAGCAAAAAAAACACGCCAAGCCCAAUAUAUACAAUUAAUAGAAGUGAUAACAGCACUUACACAUAAAAAUAAGCAAUCUCAAACACCCUCUACACAAGCAGCCUUACUGAAAGCCCAGUCACAACUAAGAGACUAUGAACUGGCCAAAACCACUUACUUACUACAAAAAUCCAAACACAAAUACUUUACUUAUGGUAACAAAGUCGGAGCAAAACUGGCUGCACAACUCAAACAAAAAUCGGUCGCAUCCAGGAUUGCCUCCCUUAUUGACAACAAUGGUUCAAAAAUUCUAGAUCCGAAACAAAUUGUAAACGAAUUUGCCAACUAUUACCACAAACUGUAUAAUCUAAAAGAGGACGAAACAGUGCAAAUACCCUCCGUGACUACCAUUGACGCCUUUCUGGCAAACAUUACUUUACCAUCACUUACACAAGACGACAUCCACAAACUCAAACAACCGAUAUCCGCCGAAGAACUAGCUAAAGCCAUAACAGACCUACCGGUUAACAAAGCACCAGGACCAGAUGGUCUUCCGAACAGAUAUUAUAAAAUAUUCUCCCAACACAUUACACCACACCUCUUAAACGUAUACCAACACUGUAAUGACACGGGAACGCUACCCUGAGAAAUGCUGCUAGCCCACAUUUCCACACUUCCCAAGCCAGGGAAACCCCCGAAUAUCUGCAAAAACUUUAGGCCAAUAUCUCUACUAAACAGUGACGCCAAGCUAUAUGCAAAGAUAUUGAGCAACAGACUGGCCCAGAUAAUUGCACAACUGAUACACAACGAUCAAUCGGGGUUUGUGGGGGGGAGACAGGGAUCGGACAACACCCGGAAAACCCUCAACAUAUUAACCUCAAUGGGUAGGGGGUCGGUCGGGGGCCUCCUCCUAGCACUAGAUGCGGAGAAGGCCUUCGACCGACUCAACUGGACAUAUAUGCAACAAGUGCUCUCCAAAUAUGGAUUCCCAGCUGAAUUCAUCAAGGGAAUCAUGGCACUCUACGCAUCACCAGCAGCUAAAGUAGCACACGGUGGCUUCCUAUCUAACCAAUUCACGAUCACUAACGGAACACGUCAGGGCUGCCCCCUGUCCCCCCUCCUAUACAUCCUAUCGCUAGAACCAUUGGCCCAAAAAAUUCGCACAGACCCUUGCAUAAAAGGAAUCACAAUUCAAGAACAGGAAUAUAAAUUGGCACUAUUCGCCGACGAUAUCCUGAUAACGCUAGGGGACCCCCAGCAGUCUUUGCCUCCCCUCAUGGAAACCCUGAAAACAUUCGGCGACAUAUCGCAUUACCGCCUGAAUCAAGAUAAAACCCAGGCCCUUCCCGUCGGACUCACACUAGCCACCAAAACAAUACUGAAAGAUAACUACCCUUUUGACUGGAGGAAGACAUCACUAACAUACCUAGGCGUAAAAAUAGCACCAACAAUAGAAGAAAUCCUGAAACUAAAUUACCUCACGCUUCCCCAACAAUGCAAAAGAGACCUUCAAAAAUGGUCUCAGACGCAUAUCUCCUGGCUAGGAAAAAUUAACGCAUACAAGAUGAUGUUACUGCCCAAACUUCUCUACAUAUUUAGAAUGCUUCCCAUCCAAGCCCCACAAACACUCCUCAACUCCCUACAAAACAUCUGCAGCUCAUUCAUAUGGGGGAACAAGAAACCGCGCAUAUCCCGCACCUUACUCUACAAACAUCCUACAAAAGGAGGAGUAGGGCUACCCAACCUAAACCAGUACUACAAAGCCACGAUGCUGGCAUCGGGCAUACUGUUGCACUCAAAUCAAGGUAUCAUCCAAUGGGUAGACAUGGAAAAAGCCCAACUGGACAAAAACGUAAUGCUCGACUACCUAUGGACACCGAAAAAACAUAGACCAGUCAAACCAAACCUAUACCCCACCACAACACUGACCGUCCACAUUUGGUCUAAAUUCCUAGAUACAGUAGGGGCCAAAGAAAAAUUCCACCCCAACGCACCUCUAACCGCCUUAAGAGCCAUAUCACCAGACAUGCGUCUACAGACUUGGGUACAUGCAGGCAUUAGACAUAUUCACCAGAUAAUGCAAUCGCAAGAAAUAUUACCCUUCACAGACAUACAAACGAAAUGGGAAUUGCCAACAAACGCUAUUUUCACAUACUUACAACUAAAAGGGAUCAUCAACACACAUGUAAACAAGCAACAACAAUCCCCUGAACAGAGCCCCCUUCCAUCAAAGGCAGUAAUAGAAAGAUGCUGGAAAGGCCCUAUGAAGAAGAACAGUAUUUCCCUCUGUUAUAAGACAUGGGACAGUACCUUGCCCAACGCAGCACCACAUUGCAAAGCAAUGUGGGAAACAGAAUGCACUAUCCAACUCACAGAUGACGAAUGGAUUCAUGCAUUGAACGCCAUAUCUAAAUGGACUAAGUGCUACACCCAUAUAGAAGCACAUAGGAAAUUACUGUACAGAUGGCACUUAACUCCCUACACUCUCCAUAAAAUUUACCCCAAUACGUCUCCUCUCUGCUGGAGAUGCUCAGCGGAGAUAGGCACACAUACGCACAUAUGGUGGUCAUGUCCCAACAUACAACCCCUCUGGGUAGAAGUUCAAAACACUCUAAAUGCCCUUAAUGUCCCACACAGAGGACACCAGCCCGAACUAUUCCUACUUAUGCGUUUCCCCCCAUCAUUUAAAUAUGCACACAAACAACUGAGUGCAAUCACUAUCCUGACAGCUCGUAAUUUGAUAGCCUGCAACUGGAAAUCCACACUCUGUCCUACCAAAGCCACAUUAUGGGAUAAAAUACAGCAAUAUUACACGUACGAGCGCAUGACCGCUCCUGACGCAAAAACAACACAAAGAUUUCACACGACCUGAGCCUCCUGGGUAGCGUUAUACGACAACAAACAAUAAGAGCUGUGUGACGAACGGACAGACACCCCCAACCCGUGACAAUUCUCAGAUUAGAAACCUACGAUAAGCACAUAACUGUUGUAUAGGACGCUCAUUGAACGAGCACAUAAAGCACCACCGCAACUGUGUAGACUCCCCCAUGAAACUUGGAGCCGUACGGGAACCCUUGUACAUGUUCCUUGAUUACUUGUUACCGUGCUAUAUGUUAUACCUAUUGUUACCUUAUAUCCACAACCUUUUGUAUUCUUGUGAUACUACGUAUUACCCACUGUUCAAUUUUUGUAAACAAUGAAACAAAAACCCAAUAAAAACUAUAUUGGAAAAAAAAAAAAAGUAGUUAAGGUUGCCACCUAUCUUGGAAAAACAUACCGACCUUAAUAAUUUGCAUAAUUAUUUAUGUAUGGGUGACAUCACAUGAUGUAAAUCACAAGGAGUGACAUAAGAGAAAAUGCUGCAAAAUCACCAAAAAACUACUUACAGUUUGUUUCUGCGGUAUAGAUGGAUUGCUCCCAGUGUCUCCCUGUCUCCCAGUGUCUCAAGUCUCACACUGUCUCAGUGUCCCUACGUAUCAAUUUCCCCAUGACUCCUAGUGUCCCUAUGUUGUCCAGUGUCCCCUAGUCUCCCAGUGCCCCCUUGUCUCCGAGUGCCCUCAUGACUCAAUGUCCCCAUGUGUCAAUUACACCAGGUCUCACAAUGUCCCUAUGUAUCACAGUGUCUCAGUGCUCCAGGUCUCCCAGUGUCCCCUAGUCUCUCAGUAUCCCCUAGUGUCAUGUCCCCAGGUCUCCCAGUGACCCUAUAUAUCACAGUUUCCCUAUGUAUCACAAUGUCUCAAUGCCACAUGUCUCCUAGUGUCCUCUUGUGUCUCCAUGUCGCCCAGUGUCCCCCAAUAUUCCCGUGUUUCUCAGUGUCCCCUAGUGUCUGUUACCAUGUCUCCCAGUGUCUCCUAAUGUCUGUGUCCCCAUGUCUCCCAGGGUUCCCACAUCACUAGGAACACAGAGGCAUGGGGACACUGAGACAGGGGACAUUGGGAGACCUGGGGACACGGAGAGAAAUGUGGACAUUGAGACACUUGGGGCACUGACACAUGGGGACACAGACACUAGGGAGACUAGGGGACACUGGCUGGGACACAUAGGGACACUGGAAGACUAGGUGAUACUGGGGGACUAAGGGACACUUGAAGACAUAGGAACACCGAGACACCAGGGAUACUGGCUGGAUGACAUUGGGACAUUGAAACAUUUAGGGCACUAAGAGACAUGGGGACACUAGGAGACAUGAGGACACAGACACUAGGGACACUGAGACACUUGGGGAGACUGAGACACCAGGGAAACUGGGAGACAUGGGGACACUGAGACACUAUGGACACUGGGAGACUAGGGGACACUGAGACACAGGGACACUGUCUGUUAGACAUUGGGAAACUGGAAGACAUGAGGACAUUGUGUCCUUAGUGUCUCAGUUUCCCCAUGUCUCCCAGUGUCUCUGUUUUCCCACAUGUCUGUGUUAUAAUGUCUCCCAGUGUCCCUUAGUGUCUCAGUAUCCCCAUAUCUCCCAGUGUCCCCUAGUGUCUCAGUGUCCCCAUGUGUCCCCUAGUGUCUCAGUUUCCCCAUGUCUCUCUGCUGCCUUUCCCCCAUCCCACACUUCCCUGAGCUGUAGGCUGUCUCUGCAGGCUGGGAGUUGCUGUCUGGACUCUCUGUAGCCACUCCCCUGCAGAUCAGUGAGUAGAGAUAGGCAGGGUGGGAUAUGCUGGAACUUCUUAGCCCUGCCUCUUUACACACACAGCGACCCCUACUGGCCAGUGCUGGUAUUGCAUUGUAAUCUCUGUUUAUACUGAGAAAAAUACCAGCAUUUUUAUUGCCAGUAUUAUUGCAGUAUCGGCACCGACCAGGAAGUCUCAAAUUACUGGCUGUGUCAGUAAAAUACUAGCUAGGUGGAAACCCUAAGAUUAGAGUGUAUAAAAAAAAAACACUUAAAAAAUAUAAAUUAUUGGGCCUAUUUCCUGGGCAUGGGCCUGGAGCUGCAGCUCCAUCAGCCCCUAUGUUAAUACUGCCCUGCCUAAAACGUUUCAGAACAGCCCUGCCCUGGCCCACUCACAACCCUAAAAUUAAAUUGUUGCUCUUUGGUGAGGUAUGUAACAGGCAAUUUUAUUCACUAUCACAAAUAUGACAAAUUCCAUACACAUAAAGCACUUAAGCAAGCUGAAGUACAUUCUCUGUGUGGAGUGUUCUUUUAACAAAGCAGGAGACACAAAAUUCUAAACUGAAUACAAUGGGCAAUAAGGGAAGAAUGUAGACCUCUUUCAGGAAGUGUGUGGAGAGGCUGUGUGAGUUUCUGCCAGGGGAGGUGUGUCUAGCGCUACACAAAGUGAUUUAAUUCCUAAAUGCAAAAAAAUGAGCAGUGAGAUUGCAGGAGCAUGAUCUAUGUGUGUAAAACACUUAAUUAAGCUGAAGUUGCUUUGGCUGCUUAGAGUGUCCCUCUUAUAUAUUAAAAAUGCAUGCUUUUAAAACCACUCAUGCCUAUAAUCAUUUAUUCUAUAGUAAAAUAAUAUAAAAUUAUAUCUAUACACGGUGCUAGCAAAUGUAUAGACUGGGAUAAAAACCUAUUUAAAAAUAGGUCUUUCUCCCACCUGUUAGUCAAAUCACUAGCAUGGACUCUUUGCAGAAGAGAUAACUGACAAGAGAGAGCAGAAAAAAACCCAUACAGAUGGUUCUCCUGCUUUCUAUACAUCUUAUGCACAGAGCAUGCUGGUUAGGUAGUAUAAGAACAGAACUGACCUAUAAGUGUGUUAAUGCCAUAUCAAUAGGAAUCUGUUCAACCCUACCUUGGAGGGGUUGCAGGUUCAAAUCCUGACAGCAUUGGCUCAGCCCUUCAUCCUUCUGAGGUAGUUAAAAUGUGUACCAUUAAAUUGGGUAAUAGUAACCGCAGGAUGUACUUGAAAACCAGAGCAAUCUGAAUGUACGUUUCCUGGUUAAAUACUUUCUUAUUAUUAUGUAUCUCUGUGAUAGACAAUGUAUUUGGGGGGUGGAUGUUUGCCAAAAUUUCAAUGUGAAUGAAUUGUAUUUAUUCUAAUAUUUAUUUUAAAUCAACAGAGUGCAAAAGUAGCAUCACAUUUUUUAAUAAUCAUCCACAAGCUGUAGGGACUGACAGCUGCUUUACCACACUUUCUGUAGAAGCACCAAGAUACAACUGGAGAGAUUCAUCAGUAAGUUAAUAAAUAUUCUACAUGUCUUAUGGAGGAAUGUAUUAAUAAAGAGAAUACAAAUUGACAUAGUUAUUCACUAAAAUGUAUAUUGUCUAAGAUUUAAUGUGAAUUUCAAAUUUGAGGCAAAAAAAGCAAAGCUGAAACCAUCUAACCUGGAGAUUUCUCCAGUUUUAUCUAAAAUGUAAAUUUUACUUAGAAUUUAGUUUGAAUUCCAGAGAAUUUGAAAACACAUAUGAAGGGGGGGGAGGGGCCGGGCCGCCGGGCUGACUGGAAGUAGACCAUCAUGGCUCCGGGCCCGGGCUCCAAAGCCAGAUUAACAGCCAUAACAGCAUGGAUAAUAAACCUAGCUCCAAUUUGGAGCCAGUUAGCAGCCAACUGCAUGCAGGGAGCACCGAUACCGAUAUCCCAGCCUACUUACUACAAGUUUGGACAUGAGCGGCACAUGAGCGACAUCCACGCAGCUCUGCUCCAAGGAGAAAAUAAUGAUUCCCAUAAGAUAAAUACCUCUGUGGAGGGCCAUACUGGCUCGGGGUACGGCCUCCUUCUCCCCCCCGCGGUGGGGGUAAUCGCGGGCGCAUGGGGAAAGCACAGACCAGGACGGGAGCUCCCUGCUCUCCUGAACUGGCAAGGGCUGCCAGUACGCUGCCCGCUAGUUCACUGGAGUAAGGGGAUUUGCGCAUACCCUUUCUGGGGUAAAACUGAGGACUUUCCCUGAGACCAAUAUCGACUACUUAUGUCCCUGGAUGGCGGCAACAUGAGCACUGCUAUGCAAAGGAGCUGGACCCCUGGGGAUGGCUGGCCAGCAGAUGGAUCCCUCAGGAGACCGGCCCAUGGGGGAGUGUAGGCUCCAAUCUCUGGGUUCGGGGAUGCCCAGAGAGCAUUGUCCCUGGCACUGAGAGCCCUGUGAGACUGGACGAUGCAGACCUACCAGUGUACCGGUGGCCGUGGGUUUUGCGCACCUGUCGCAAGUGUGAGGCCAGAGCAAGGAGAGACUUACAGGAGCAUGCACUCUCGGAGACAUCAGAGGUGUUGGGGAGGUGCAGGGGACAGGGGGUCAGCGGACUCUAGUCGGGGGCGGGGACAAAGGACUGACCUAGCCUCCGAGUGCCUACAAUGCCAUGGAAUGUUCUGCAGUGGAAUCAGGACAGCCCAGGGGAGACAGAUGGGGUCUACCGACCUGGGGGGCCUAUGCGGUGGCGCUACAAAUAGCCCCUCCUUGCCAUAAACUUUGCACUGGGUAGAUAUGCUUUGCCCUGGGUAGACAUCCCUUGACAUUGCUUUCGCUGCAUCAUCCAUCCGAGGGUGACAUAGUAUCCUACUGUCAUUUAUUUUUUAUUUUUUAUUUUAUUGGCCUCACUUCCCAGAUGGUACCAACUGAAAUUGUCUAAAAUGAUUCAGGCUACCUGGUUCCACGCUGCAGUCAAGCCUCCUAUGGAUAUCUACUAUUAUUUAAAUUUUAUGAGCAUGUGCAUUUCAUGUUUCCUGCAUCCAUUAGCAUUAUGUUCAGGAUGCUUAAUAAUGUUUAACUACAGUACAAGAUACACAAGCUAAAUUGGAUAUAGUAUACUGCUUACCUAGACACCAUGCCACACUUGGCUCUUAGGCACCUGUUAUAAGUACAGUUCACACUAUUGCUUUCCACAGCAUUACUACAUGGCUAUAUUACGGCACUGUAUUAUCUUUUAAAACUUUACUUAAAAAAAACAAAAAAAAACCAGUUUGUGUUUUGGCUUCAUAUACUCGGUCUUAUUCUUCUUCAUGCUUUAAAGAGACACCAUACUUUUUCUUCUAUUUUAGGGUCUUUGGGGAAUGAUGGAGAUAAAAUCAGAGUCCAAUUUAUCACAGGUAACAGAACUGAACACAUUUUCCUUUUUGACAAAUAAAUGAGACUAUUGACCCAGACUAGCAAAAUCAGCAUGCCUAGAAAUUAAAGAUAGACUGUUAUGUGAAUUAAUUAUCCCAGUGGUUCCCAAACUUUAGGUUCAAGGUACCGUUAAUAUUUUAAUAUUUUUUCAAGGUGCCCUUAGUCUAGGUUGUAUAUAUGUACAGCGCAGCUGCAUAUAUUGGGCCCCUGUUCAUCAGAAAUGCUUACUGUGCAAGCGCAGAUCCAGAACCUAAUCUUGGGAAGGGCACUGGUAGAUUAUUUAAAGAAACAUAAUCCAGACACAGUAACCACUACAACACUUUGUAGUGGUUAUGGUGUCAAUAGUGCCCUCCCAGAGUAAGUAGCCAAACUGUUUAAGAACAGUUUGACAAUUUACCUGGGAUUUGCUGGGAUUGGGGCUGUAGUAGAGGAUAGAGGCAGUAGGGGUGCAAUAUGUGUAUGUGUGCAUAGGCCCUUAGGCGCCCUGUGCAAAAAAAUCUUCGCAUUCCUUUUAUAGUGUGUGUGUAUAGGAGUGUAGUGAUUGUAUAGGGGAUUUAUUAAAUUAAUAAUGAUUUAAAAACAAAGAUUAAUUCCUCCUUUCCUGUUGUUACCUAGUUGGGAGAGGGGCAUGCUUAUCUGAAUCUGGUCUACCCCUCCACUGGGUGCAGACCAUGUGUAACUGUCUCGCAAGCUCAGCGACUUGCAGUGUCCUGUGGUAAUCUGCAGCAGUGCUCUGAUUGGCCGGAGCUAGGAAGACAGCUACUUAUGGUCUGCAGCCAACAGAAGUGCAUGCCAGAUGUGUCAGACUGCAGAGUCACAUGCACACAGUCCCACAGUCAGCUGCACACAGUUAUACAUAUACACUGUCAAAUACACAGGAUCAGGCAGAAACACACAGGUACAGGCAGUUACACACAUAAACACUUACAGUCAGAUAAAUACACUCACACAGUUACAGGCAGACAGUAACACAUAGUUACAUACAGUCACACACACAGGUACAGGCAGACAGUCACACGCACACACAAUUACAAUCAGACAGUAACACACACACACACAACGUUACAGGCAGACAGUCACACACACAAUUACAGGAAGUCAAUGACAAACACAUACAGAUAUAGACAGUCACAUACAUACAGCCACACAUACAGGCUCACACACACAUACACACAGUUACAUGCAGACAGUCACAGACACACAAAGGCAGUCACACACACAGGCAGUCACACACCCCCACACAUACACACAGUAACAAACACAGAGGCAAACAGUAACACACAGUAACACACACAGGCAGACAGUCUCACACACACACACACAGAGUCACACACACACACACACAGGCAGACAGCCACAAACACAGGCAGACAGUCAAACACACACACAGGAAGACAGCCACAAACACAGGCAGACAGUCACGCACACACACAGCCACACAUACAGACAGUCACACACACACACACACACACAGGCAGACAGUCACACACACACACACACAUGCAGACAGCCACACACACACACACACACAGGCAGAUAGCCCCCCCCCCCACACACACACACAGGCACACAGGCAGACAGCCACACACACAGAGGCAGACAAUUGCACAUACUCACACACACUCACAAACAAACAGUCAUACAUGGUUACCUCUGUCCUUUAUGGUCUGGGAGGAGUGAAGGCAGUGCAGCUCCUGGGGUCUGGUUGCUGCGGAAGCAGGGACUGCUUUCUGCUUCCCAUGCAACCGACACUUGCAGCCCCGCCCCAUCAUUUUAGUCCCUCCUUUGCCGCAAGUUUAGUCCCACCCCUACCGCAAUGCUGGAAAAAAAAAUUUAAUCACAGGUGGAGAAUAAUGAAAUCCUCCACCCAGGUAGCCGGCCAUGUGCGAGCUGCGUAGCUGCACUGCUCGCACACCCCUAAGGCUGUGUGUGUGUGAGGGGUGCAGUGUGUGAGGGGUGCAGUGUGUGUGAAGGUUGCAGUGAGUGUACGGAGGUGCAUUGUGCUUGUGAAGGAUGUAGUGUGUGUGUGUGAAGGAUGUAGUGUGUGUGUGAGAGUGGUGCAGUGUUUGUGGGGGGACAUAUUGUAUGAGGGGUACAGCAUUAAUGAAAACAGGUAAGGAAAUCCCUUUAUAUUUUCACUCUGCUAAGUAUUUAUUAUUUAUUAUUAGUUUAAUAACUUACAAAAUAAGUCAGGUCCUAAUUAUAGUACCCUAUGACAUGGUGGCUCCACCCAAUUUGGUCCAUCAUUUUCAAGAAAAUAUGUAAGAAUUUGAGACUUUAUUCUAGACCCUAACUUGAAAUUAGCACUCCAAUAUUAGGAAAACAAACCUAUAUUUGUAAUGUAGAGGUACACCUGUCAAUAUAGAUUGAUGGGCCUCUCUUUGAUACUUAAAUAAAGCCUCUUUUGUUACCUUAUAUCCCCUGCCAUGCCUAGAUCCUGGUCAGAUGAAAAAAACAUUAAAGCUGCUGCCUCUGCCCCUGAUCUGCCUGCUUGGCUGACAUCAUCAGAAGUGAUUCUCCAAGCCAAUCACAAUGCUUUCUCAUAGGAUUGGACUGUCAAGGAGGCAAAACAGGGGCAGAGCCAGCAGAUUCCAAACACAGCAUCUACUCAUAGAGAUGCAUUGAAUCAAUGCAUCUCUAUAAGAAAAGUUCAGUGUCUCCAUGCAGAGGGUGGAGACAGUGAAUGUCAAUGUAAUUCCCCAGGAAGCACCUCUUAUAGUAGCUUUAUCAAACAAUAUGCUUUUAACUAGAAUUCAUCUAUAAUGUCUCUUGUUCUUUGUAGAUAAACACCCCAAAUAUAUAUGGAGAUUGUAUAUAUCAGAGCAACCAGACUACUCAAGACGAACAUGUCAUGUGCAUUGCGCACACAAAGAAAGUCUCACACAAAAACGGUAAGUGAAAAAGAGAAACAUUGUGACACAUAAGAUUUAAAAAACAAAACACAACUCAUUAACAAAGAGAGAAAUAGGUCACAUUUUUAGUACAAGGGACUAAAUAGAUUGUAUUUUUAAAAUCCAAAAUAACAAUGGAUAAUAAUAUUUUCCUCAGUAAUGAUUAUGCAAGAUAAUAGGUCGCUAAACCAGGAGAAGCACUAUGUCUUAAAAGAACUUGCAAAGGCUGCAGUUCUUAGCAAGCACUCUUCUUUUUUCCCGGAAUAAACUUUCUGUCUAUUCAUAGGGAAAUAACCAAUCAGAGGCUUCUCAUCGAGAAGCCUCUGACAUGGUGCCCACGUGCACGGACGUGUUGGCUCUUGCACGGGUGCGCACGUCUGCUGUUGAGCAGCUGGUCUGACGUCUGUCAAGUAGCGCGUGACUGCCAUUUCCGUUAGCUAACAGAAGUAGGAAGGAAUCUUCCUUGGCCCUUUCACUGGCAAGGGGAGUUUCCUAGUUAAUUUAUAAAAGUUCUGAUUUCAGAAAUCAGCACUUUUAUAAACUGGGGUUAAACUAGGGCACUCCUCACCCAUAAAGCACUUCAUCUUGCCGAAGUGCCAUUGGGAUGUGGAAUGGUCAUUUAAUGAUAUAUAUAUAGUUUAUGGGACCAAGUUCAUGAAUAAGUAAAGAAAAUGCAUGAAAGUGUAAGUUGGCCGUUUUUACUGUAUUGUGUUUCCCAAUGUCUCUCUGUACCAAUCAUAUCAUGGAGUAAAAGUAAUGGCAUUCUUUAGCUGUGAUUUUAGGGUAUAGUGUUUAAUUUGCGGUUCUGACUACAGAGUUCUGCAGUCUUUAUUGUUCCAGGGGAAAUGCUUAUGCGAGUGAUUCAGUAAGAUACCCAUCUUAUUUUUAUUUAUGAAUUAUUUAUUUAUUACUGGCAUUUAUUAAGCGGGAACAUAUUCCGCAGCGCUGAUCAAUAAGCUUGGACUAAUGCUGCAUACUUCUCUAAUAUAUCAUAUAAGAUAGCCGUGAACGGUCAUUAUAUGGUUUUUUUUAGCCCUGGCUAGGAUGCUACAAAUGCUGUGUUGGCAAUUCAUGACAUUUAAUUUUAAAAUUUCAUUUUUACAUUUAAAAUAAGCAAAAGAUGCAACUUAUACUUAAAGAUUGGGAGGCAAAAAAUAAAAUACAAAUUCUACAUUAUUCUGUAGAUGCCGGAGCGUACAUGUUUAUCAUAUAGCAAUGUCAAUCUGAAAACAGAAGUGGGCCUUUUGUACUUACCUUUGCUGUACUAUGCACCCCAGUUAGUGGUUCAUUAGAGUUUACAGGAAUGAGUCAACAAGGAACUAUCAAUAGAGCAAUGAUGCAAUUACUCACAAAAUUAAACACUAAUAUGUAUCAUUUUUUAUCAUCAGGACGGAAGAAGCUGCGACUUUUCGAAUAUCUUCUCGAAGCUCUGCAUAAUCCAGACAUGAUGAGCUGUAUUCAGUGGGUGGAUGAACCAAAUGGCGUUUUCCAGUUUGUUUCUAAAAACAAAGAGAAGCUGGCAGAAUUAUGGGGCAAAAAAAAAGGCAACCGUAAGAUCAUGACUUACCAAAAAAUGGCCCGGGCCCUUAGGAAUUAUGGCCGGACAGGAGAAAUAAUGAAAAUCAGACGAAAAUUGACUUACCAGUUUAGUGCAAUAGUUUUACAAAGACUAUCACAAGUUAACUUACAUGAAAAAGAUACCGUGCAUCGCCAAUAUUUCCAACAUGAAGUAGAGUUCUGGAACAGCCAUAAUAAUCACUGGGAUUCUAAUAAAUACUCAUGCACAUACAACAGUGCGUAUCCAUUCCAUCAACAGUUUAAUUAAACCCACUAUGGAAACUUUCAAGGAUUCAGUAUAUAUUAAUUGUAGAUUAUGCUAGCUUUAGUGUACCUAUAAUCUUAAUUUUAUUAAUGACAGGAGGCGAGUAUUUGCUUAAGUCUCUCUUUACUAGAACUCCACAGCAGCACAGAAAAACAACCAAUCAGAAAAACGUUAGAUACUAUAAAACUCCCCUCCCCAUGCAUCAUUUCCUCUUUCAAGCUGCGACAAAACAGAACAAAAGGCAGAAAAUAUAAUGGGGAAGAAACGAAGUCCUAGAUAUAAUGAAUACAACAAUGCCCAUCCUCCGAGAAGAACUGCCAAACCAGAUAGCGUUGAUGGACUGUAAACUGAAACGAGAGAAAAAACAGAAUCGAACAGGUUGAUUAGCCAAUGAAAUGUACUCUGAACAAACAUGUAGGUACUCAAUGUAGCAACCAACAUUACCGUAACCUGCAUAGAUCCCAACCCGACUUAUGAAAAACAAACAUAAGAACAAGUGACAGGUAGCAGAGACAACAAGCAGAGUUGCAAGCAGACCUGAUGAACUCAAACUAUAAAAUUAAACAAGGGAGGGAUAAGAAUGGGCGGGAAAUACUCGCCUCCUGUCAUUAAUAAAAUUAAGAUUAUAGGUACACUAAAGCUAGCAUAAUCUACAAUUUUAUAAUAUGACAAGAGGCUUCAUAUUUGCUGUUUUAACGCUCAGCCAACAAAUCCAACUCUGUUUGUUUCACUGGUACCUAUUCCGUGAGAUAUUAGAGCAAUCCUAAAUGGACUUCCAACUGCAAGAAGUGACAGUAGACGGAUCGAUGAAGAUGCCAGCUGAGGAAGCAUACCAAAUACGGAAAAACACCAUCCGCUGAUAGAUCCAUUGUACGUGGGGUUGCGACCUGUUUCCCAGCAGCCGGCCCAUGAGCUGACAAGCUGACCUAUUAGCCAUUUUCCUGUAGGUUUAAAAUGCCGAAGGUCAUUUGCGGACUUAGGGCCGCGAGAAGAAACUGCCAGCAUGUCUCGACUCUUGAUGUGGAAGGUGGCUCCUCCUAUCAUGCCAGGGUCACCAGGCGAUGUGGCCUUGCAGGCAAAUCUCCAACCUCAAAGAAUGCGCCUAAGUCCACACCCAAUUCCGUAAUAGAACUGAGUAGGGUCUUUUUGUUCCCUCAUGACCUACCCAGUGAGUUGUCUCAUCUGAGAAUAAAUUUAUAAUGCAGGCAAGAGUGGUUCCAGUAUUCCAAAUGGACUGUGUAAUCUGCGGCUGGGGUAGAGAAAAGACUCUCAAAAGACUUCCAAUUAAGGUCCCAAACUGAACUUGUGUGGUGAAACGGUGGUCGACUAUUCUGGGGAUUGUGAAUCCCGGAAAUAUUCAAAACAAUGGGAACGUAAACCGGGGUUGAGAUUUCCAUCCAGAUGUAUCAUCGUCUAAGAGUGAUAAGAUGUCUGGAUCCAAUGGUGAUUGGGACCUGUAUAACAAAGAAGACCUGUAUAACAUAGAGGGGCGUCCCUCCUGCAUUCAAUUAGAUCUAACGACCGUGCUACCGAUUUCGUUAUAGAGGGCUGCCUGAUCAUGCAGGGUAUACAUGUUUGGACUGGAUCUCUUUAUUUCACCUACUAACAAAAAAUUUAGAUAAAGGGAAAUACGUACCUCGGAGAGAAGGUAAAUAGCAGAUUGGAAAAACAAGUCAAGUAAACCCAACUGAAAGGGUCAGCAGCUAAAAGGUUAGUUGCUGAAGGCAAGGAAACCGUGCUCCCAUGUUGGCAUCUGAGCAGUGGUCCCUGCUUGUGCGAGAUUCCCCUUGGAGAUGUGCCGCUGCCGGGCUGGUGUAAAUCGUGGUUGCGUGCCCGGGAAUCUUCAUAAAAGCUUUGCCACUCAGGGCAUGAGCUGUAGGGCCUUCAUCCUUCCAAUCAUAUUUAGGUGCACUUGGCAGCAGUGUUUGCCUGGACACCCACCUAUCUCCAUGUCAACAGUGGGUACUGAGUUUUCCUCAGUGAUAUUCCCCCAGGCCUGCAGCCAAAAGGGGGUUUGAGCACAGAUAGAUCAGGCCAACGAUGGGCACAGGUAGAGCAGGCGAGACAGAAGGGCACAGACAUAGUAGGCCAAUUAAAUGGGCACAGAACUAGCAGGCCAAUCAAUGGGGCACAGACAGAGCAGGCCAAUCAAGGGGGCACAGACAGAGCAGGCCAAGCAAAGGGGCACAGACAUAGCAGGCCAAUCCUGGGUUGCGUAUUAUGACUAUUGGGGACCCCUGAGUUUGGGCAGAGUCCCCUAAAUAUCUGUAAAUGCUCAGGGUAUCCUGUGACCUAGGACCCCUAGACAUCAACCCUUUUAGACAGCGUAAUACUGUGUGAAUAAACCUUAACCGGGACUGGCAGUCCUUAAAUGCCCAGCAGGCAAAAUAGUGGUAUUCCAGCUGUAUUGGGUAUAAUCUGAAGUUGUUCCUUGCUUAUAUAGUGUCCAUAAAAUCAAGAUACACUGAGCGAUACAUUCCUUACACUGUGAAUUGGUAUGCACAUGUACAUACAGAUCUGUUUGAGAUUCUUAUCUUGUUAUAGAUCAUCAUCAUCACACCACCUGAAGGGUAAUGUACCAAUGGUCUCUUUCAGGAGUAGGACUAAACAAUUGUCAACUCAAUGAAUCUCCCCAUAGAACCUGAUAAAAAUAGAAUAGUAUCAGCAUAGACUGGUCUCCCAUACCAGUUUGAGCCAGAGCCAGGUCUGCUUAGCUUUUAACAUAUGCCAUGGACAGUGAAUUCAUACCAGAGUAGUCUCAUCUGAGAUUCCAUAGCUGGACCAGAAUAUGUAUAUACUGUGAAGCACAUCAAUCCUAGAGCUAACUAGUCAACUGGCUCUGUAUACACCCUGUACAGAGCCUGUAUAACUGAGUUUCAUAUAUACCUGUAACCAGGGCCGGACUGGGAAAAAAAUUAGGCCCGGGCAUUUUUCAAUUAGAGCGGCCCCCCCAAGAAGGGGGCGGGGCCAGAGAGGGUGUGUUUUGUCAUCACUAAUGACAAGCACGCCCCCUCUCAAAGUGAGCAUGUUGGUUCAAUGCCCAGAGCCCUGCUGAAGAGCUCUGGCAUUAGAAAAAGGCCCUGAAUUUGUUCUGCGCAGCGCAAGCAAAUUUAAUAACAUGCUUGCGCUGUGUUUGCUUUUAAAUUGUCUCUGGUGUCUCCACAAGUGGGAUACCAGAGGACAAAAGGGCCAGGAAAGUGUAUGGUGCAUGUGUUUGGCGCCUGCUUGUGGGAUUGCCUGUAUGUAGAGUGUGGUGUGGUAUUGUGUAAAUAGGUGUAAUAUGUGUUGCUAGGGGCUGUAGAGAGUGCGUGUAUAGGGGCAUAGUGUUAUAGGGGAUGUAGCGAGUGUGUGCAUACGGGCAGUAGUGUGUGUGUAGGGGUUGUAGAGAGGGUGUGUUUAGAGAAUGUUGUAUGUCUUUCCUUACAAGGAAUAUAGUGUGUGUGUGUGUAAGAGAUCUAGUGUGUAAAGGACCCAGAGUAUGUAUAGAAGAUUGUGUGUGUGUGUGUAUGUGUGUAGAGGAUUAAGAGUGCAUAUAGGGAAAGGGAUCUAGCGUGUAUCUGGAGCGUAAUGUGUGUAGUGGUGCAGUGUGAGGGGUGCUGUAGUGUGUGUGUGUGUGUGUAUAUAUAUAUAUAUUUUUGGACGUAUUGUAUGUGUGAGGUGCACAGUGUGUUUGUGUAAGAGGGGUGCUGUGUGUGAGGGUGUUUUUAUCUGCCGUCACAUUCUAGGUUUCUAAUUUUCUUUGUCUGUUAACUCACUGAGGGUUAUUUUAUAUAAUAUAAUAUAAUAUAUAUAUAUAUAUAUAUAUAUGUGUGUGUGUCUCUCUGGGUGUGCUGUGUGUGUCUGGGGGUGCUGUGUGUGUGUCUGGGGGUGCUGUGUGUGUAUGUUUGUGUGUCUGGGUGCUGUGUGUAUCUGUGGUGCUGUGUGUGUCUGGGGGUGCUGUGUGUGUGUCUGGGGGUGCUGUGUGUGAGGGGGCUGUGUGUGUAUCUUGGGGUGCUGUGUGUGUGUCUGGGGGUGCUGUGUGUGUCUGGGGGUGCUGUGUGUGUUUGGGGUGCUGUGUAUGUCUGGGGGUGCUGUGUGUGUCUUGGGGUGCUGUGUGUGUGUCUUGGGGUGCUGUGUGUGUCUGGGGUGCUGUGUGUAUCUGGGGUGCUGUGUGUGUGUCUGGGGGUGCUGUGUGUGUGUCUGGGGUGCUGUGUGUGUGAGGGGCUGUGUGUAUCUUGGGGUGCUGUGUGUGUGUUGAUGUGUGUGUGUCUGGGGUGCUGUGUGUAUGUCUGGGGUGCUGUGUGUGUCUGGGGUGCUGUGUGUGUCUGGGGGUGCUGUGUGUGUGUCUGGGGGGUGCUGUGUGAGGGGCUGUGUGUGUCUGGGGUGCUGUGUGUCUGGGGGUGCUGUGUGUGUCUGGGGUGCUGUGUGUGUCUGGGGUGCUGUGUGUAUGUCUGGGGGGGGCUGUGUGUGUCUGGGGGGGCUGUGUGUGUCUGGGGGGCUGUGUGUGUCUGGGGGGGCUGUUUGUGAGGGGGCUGUUAUGGAAUUUAUUUUAAAUAUAUAUAUAUAUUUUUAUGAAUAAUUUAAAAAAAGUUAUGUUUACCCCUCCCCCUCCCUUCUUACCUUUAUCUUGGGAGGGGGAGGGAGCCGUUCUGCCUGGGAGGGGAGCCUUGAAGGGACCAUGCUGCCUUCCCUGGUGGUCCAGUGGUGAGAGUGAACUCUAACCUGCAGGUUAGAGUUCACUCUCGCGAGAUCUGAGCGUUGCCACGGUAACCGCGGCAACGCUCAGAAUCUCGCGAGAGGACCCGGCGGAGCUGCUUGUUAGAGCUCCGCCGGGUCCUCUCUCCUGCCUCCCUCCCUCCCCAGCCGGCGGCCGCAUUUCCAUGCCUCUGGGCCGGUGAGGGAGAUCUUUGAUCUCCCCACCAGCCCAUGGAGACAUACAGCAGGGCCGGCGCUCGGGUAGCGCUGGCCCUGCACGGGCUGGCAGGGGAGAUCCUGUGAUCUCCCCUGCCGGCCUCGGCCCCACGACCAUCGCGGCCCACCGGGCAUUUGCCCGGUAUGCCCGAUGGCCAGUCCGGGCCUGCCUGUAACUCACAGUAAUCUGUGAUAUACACUGUCAGUAGAACUCACAGCAAUCUGCGAUAUACACUGUCAGCAAAACUCACAGCAAUCUGUGAUAUAAAAUGGGGGGGGAGAGGGGGUGCUGAAAUCAAAGGGAGAGCAAACUGAAUAGGUAUCUCCAGGAACCCCCAUGUCCCCAUGAAACCAUCGCAACGUAAAAGAAAAUAUCCCAAAGAAAACCAGGGGAAGCAAAGAAGAGCCAAAAGGCACAGAAAUCUUAAAAAAACUAAGCAUAAUUAAUAUAAAUCAUAAUAAAACCCAAAGCCACCAACUAUAAGCAGGAGGCAGUGGUACUCUGACCUGUACUGACUGCGGAGCAGCAAAGAAAGAGGAAAUGAUGUGUGGGGAGGGGAGUUUUAUAGUACCUAACUUUUUUUCUGAUUGGUUGUUUUCUGUGCUGCCGUGGAGUUCUAGUAAAGAGAGACUUAAGCAAAUACGAAGCCUCCUGUCAUGUUAUAAAAUUCCCUUUAAUGCAUCUACCAUCUCUUAUCGAUUUGGGUAUGAAAAAUCAAUCCAAGUGCACUUCUUUCUGUGAAAAAAAAUAAAAAAAUAAAAUUUAUAUAUAUAUAUGUAUAUGUAUAUAAAAACAUAAAUAUAUAUUUCAGUAAAAAAGUAAAGUUCUUUUUACUGUGCAUGAGACCAAUCUUGGCUUUUAAAUUGUGUCUAACAUUUGUAAAAAAAAAUAAAAAAUAAAGUGUAUUUGCUUAUUUUGACAUACAGAAACGUAUUUGUGUCCUAUUCAAUGAAGUGUUAUUUAUUUAUUUCCAAUUUAAAGUUUAUUGGAGUUUUAUAUACUGAUUAUACUUCCAGAUUGGUAAGGUUUUCUCCUUGACUUUUCAUUUCUGUCAUCUGGCUAUCUCUUUAAUCUGCCCCUCGCUUCUACUACAUCAAGCCACUUUUAGAUGAUACCCAUUUCGGCCUGGGUUUCCUUGAGGUCCUUCCACAACUUUCUUAAAUUCAGCAGAAGCCGUUUCAUGUCCCCUUUUUUGGAUGGAGAAGAGUCCUCAUCAGACUCGGACUCCUGGUAGGCAUCCUCAGAUCUGUUUGAGGCACUAGACUCCAUGUCCUCGUGGGAAUCUCCUGAGGCCUUAGCCUCAAUUUGCGCCGCAGGCACCAUCUUAGGUGGUAAAAGCUCCACAAGCCCUUCAAAUGAAAGCCUGAUGUCGGUCAUACCAGAGUCAUCCGGACAUUGGGACUUCGUGUGUUUUUGCCCCAUAACAUUAUCUGGGUGGGGAUGUUGACAGGCAGUUGGUAAGUAGUCGUAUCUCAUGGCAAAAUCAUAGAAAUAGCGGGUCCGUUUUGGAGCUCCAUUCAAGCAAGUCUGGUUCAGUUUACUGUUGGCUGCGCCCACCCCUGUUGUUUAUUUUUUUAAUAUUAGUUGGCAAGUAAACAUUUUUGCCAAAUAGAAAAAUGUAAAAUAGUAAAAUUAUUAAGUGCCACACAUUGAAAGAAGGAGUGGCAUAUUUAAUUUAUGUUUAUAUAUUUAUUAAUUCAGUAAUAUAAAAUGUUAGUUGGUAUGAAUGCAAUAUAAAAGGUACAGAUUAAAAGGAACACAUUUUCAAAAUGUAUGCCUAUCAUAAUUUAUACAGAUCUAGGCCAUCACAAUAGAUUAGCAUGUUUAAAGGACCACUAUAGUGCCAGGAAAACAUACUCGUUUUCCUGGCACCAUAGUGCCCUGAGGGUGCCCCCACCCUCAGGGUCCCCCUCCCGCCCGGCUCUGGAAAGGGGAAGGGGUUAAAACUUACCUUUUUCCAGUGCUGGGCGGGGAGCUCUCCUCUUCCGAUCCUCCUCCUCUCCGCCCAUUCGGCUGAAUGCGCACGCGUGGCAAGAGCUGCGCGCGCUUUCAGCCGGUCGCAUAGGAAAGCAUUUACAAUGCUUUCCUAUGGACGCUUGCAUGCUCUCACUGUGAUUUUCACAGUGAGAAUCACGCAAGCGCCUCUAGAGUCUUUGGGGGAAGGCUUAACCCAUUCAUAAACAUAGCAGUUUCUCUGAAACUGCUAUGUUUAUAAAAAAAUGGGUUAACCCUAGAAGGACCUGACACCCAGACCACUUCCUUAAGCUGAAGUGGUCCAGGUGCCUAGAGUGGUCCUUUAACUAUUUUUACAAUACAAGAUUUUAAAAGUGUGCUGUUCCUUUAAAAUACUAUACAGUGUAUAUAAAGUGCAACAAACUGCAAUUAUAAAGUGCUGAAAAAAGUGACAUAUAUUGUUUAAACAAAUUGUUAAAAUAUUGUGCAAUAAUUGAAAGUGCAAGUGCAAAAACUUACUUAGUAGUCCCCUAAAAUUGGAAAUUCAUAAUAUUCUCCCACAGGUAUGUGAUGGAGCAAAAUACAUAAAAAAAAUCAAGAGGAGAAAAUAUAUAGUGUAAUUCUGUAGCAUAUAUUACAGUAAAAUAAGUGAAUCUAAUAAACUCACAAGGAGAGAGCAGUAAAAGUCUGCUCUAACUUUAAUAGCUUGGAUCCUAAAAUCAGGACUGUAGUAUAGCAGGUAAACAGGACGGCAACUCGAUACGACAAAAUUCUUUAUUCCCAUAAAAUAAAAUGAAAGAUCACAUAUCAGUGAUACAGCUCUUUUCCCUGAUGUAGUCCAUACACUUUGGCUUCUUAGUCUUUCCAACUCAGGGCUGGCACUUGCGGUUUUCAGGCUAUUGGCACAGUGGGGUGUUCUUCCGGGAUCCUGAGCAUCGUACGACCAGGUAAUGACGUUGAACGUAUCAGAAUGUGAUGACGCGUUUUGCCUGGUCGGCUUCUUCAGAUCGCAUAGUUUGUCCGUCCUGUACUUUUUAAGUCCGCUAUAGUAGGCGUGAUACAUUAAAAGUCACUUUGUGAUUGGUCCUUCCUGGAAACCUUAAACCUGAAUAACUACAUGCCAUUAUGUAAAUGUUUAAAGUCCACAAGACUAUGGUAUAUCACCUGAACCCUGUUUUGCAGGAAAAUCACACAACAAUGGUAUAUCUUAGAGAGUAGACAGUACAUAAAAGAAACCCAGACAUUAUAUAAAAGAAAGACAGAAUAAUUAAAAAAAAAUACUAAUGCAAACAUAUAAUAAAAUGUAUAAAUAUAUAAAAGAAAUACCAACUCAAAAGGGAGAAAAAAAGGAGGGGCAUUAAUAUUAAUUAAUAUCGCUAAAUCUACAUUCCUAAUUGGUAUACACAGCAAUAUAUAAGAUCGUAUAAAAAUAGUGUAAAAAUAUAUAAAAAUAUUUUAGAAAAAAUUAUACAAAUCAAACUCUAUGUUAAGUCCCUUGGGUUCUAAAGUCUCCAAAUUAUGAACCCACUUCAUCUCCUCUUUCCCUAUAUUCUGGAUAUAAUUUCCUCCACGCCAAUAACUUUUAACCUCUUGUUUCCCUAAAAAGGUAAAAACACUAGGAUCUUUGUUGUGGUAUUUUUUUAAAUGUGAGGAGACGCUUUGUUGAUCAAAGGCCUUUCGAAUAUCCGGAGCACUGCCUAUAAUGUGAUUUUACAAGGGUAAUCUCUCAGGCCUACUUCUCUUGCUUUAUCCCAGGGCUAGAAGAAUUGUGCAAAAAAACAACAGAUCUGAAGACUCUGUCACUUGAAUCCCUAAAAAUCCACACAGGACACCCAGUUCCAAAUAGAGCUAACAUGUAAUGCUUUAUUUAAACAAGCCCAUUUGUUCAUUACACUUAGAUUGCUGUGACAACUUCAAUAAAAUACAAAUAACCAAAUCAUAGCAGACAACAUAUAGCAAGUUAUUAUAACACAAUGACAUAUUCAUAAGGGGGUUGGGAAGACACUAAUUAACCCUAAAUAUAUCUCUCCUGUCUGCAGAAUUAGCAAUAUGAAAAUCUAAUUUCUAAAUUAACAAACCUUGCUAUUCAGCUAGUGCAUAUAGCUGUUUCUACCAAGAGAGGGUGCUAUACAGGCUCCAUAUCCAAAUCCACCUAGUUGGUAGUAGGCAUCAGCAGGACAGGAGAGCACACAAACAAUUAACAAUAAGUACAUAAUACACAUACAUUACACACACCUUGCACCUACAGUGUGCACAGGGUGACUUAAACAAACAUAGGAGUCAUCCAGGUAUCUAACUGAAGUGUCCAUCUUAUGUUACCAGUGAUGGUGACUACCUCCAUCACAAUAAAUAUAAAAAAAAUAAAAAUUGUAAAAAAAAUAAAUAUAUAUAUAUAUAUAUAUAUAUAUACAAAUUAAAAUCAAUAUAAAGACCUGAGGGGGCUAAAGACUCCAAAUAAAUAACCCAUCACAUCCACACCCACGAAAUUACACCAUAGGAUGCUUACAUUACACCUAGAGUGGACGUUGCACUUAAUAUUUUUCUCCCCCCUCCUCCUGGGAUCCCCUUUGUUAAGGGUCGUACACUCUAGUUGAGCUACGUUUUCUUAUAUAUUGUUGCGCAUACACAAUGAGACUAUACCAUACCCACAUGUCUUACAAUGCAUCAUGCAGAGACACACACUACAGAUGCUCACUACUGCCAUAGACUCACUUUCUCAGUGCGCACCAUACACAAUAGUUUGUAUAGCUAUGGUGCAUUACAUGCGUUUUUGUUUGAAUCUGUAAUUUUUUUUCUUUCCCUCGAUACUCACGUAGAUGCACUGGAAUUUUAUGACUGUGAAAAAAUUAGAAUGGGCAUACACAACACAUACAGUUGUGCUCAAAAGUUUUCAUACCCUUGGGGAAUUGGUAAUAUAUGUACCAUUUAGAAUGCUUCUUUAGAAUGCUUCUUCUAUGGUUCCAAUGCCCUGGUUGGAACUUAUACAAUCGACCUUCCAUCGUUGUAUAUGGCUGGGUAAGAAACCAAGACUAGGUCUACAAGUCUUAUAAAAAAAAAGGGAGAAACCUAUAUUAAUGCACACAAUAAUUACACAAAAAAGGGAGAGUCCAAAGGAAGGUUGGUUUUCUUUGGAACAGGAUGUAGUAAAUAUAUAGAUAAAUAACUUAUAAUAAUAAUGAUAAUAAUAAUAAUAACUUAGGAAUCCACUCAAUAAAAAUAGGAUGACCUUGAGACCAGAUGGAAGCCUAGUGCUUUGUCAGAUUUUAUGCAGUUGGAAAGUGACUGGAAAGAAACUAGGUCUACAAAAUAAAAUUCUUUCAUCUUUACCUUUGGUAUUUACUACUUAUUUAACGGAAGAUUUAUAUCUUAAUAAAGUAUAUAUCUUGAUAAAGUCACUGAUUAACUUACAAACUGAAUACAGAUUGCAUCAAAAUGAAACUUUUAAAUAUUUGAGAGUAAAAGGCAUUCUUAAUAAACAUCUUGAUAGACGUAACACUGGAACACCCAGCCAGCUCAUGAAUAAUAUGAUUCGGCAGAAGGAUUACAAAAUACUGAUGACUGUCCCCGUUUGAUAAAGACACUAAGGAUAGAUUAUGCCCCAGUGACAAUUAAAAAAAUGGGGACAAAAUCUACAUUUUACAAUAAGAUUGGAAAUUAUUCUUUGAAACUAUUGGAUCGGGCUAUUCAAUGUUUAAAACUUAAGGAAUUACAAUUUAAGUUGAUGAGCAGGUGGCAUUUAGUUCCUGUUAGCAUCGCUAAAAUGUAUCUAAACAGCACUGAUAGAUGCUGGAGAUGCAAUCAAUCGAAGGGUAAUCAGAUGCACAUAUGGUGGAGUUGCUCUCUAGGCACCCAGAUCACUUCAGCUCAUUGAAGUGGUCUGGGUGCCAACUGCCAUCACCCUUUGUCACGACUGCUAGUGUGGUCCAGCAUGCAGAACUAUGUAAUAUCUACAUAGACAGAAUAGCAAAAGGACAGAACGUAAACCUGUCCUUAGAAUGGCAGAAUUAAUACAUUGAAAGACAGAGAAUGGUCAAGGGAAAGCCAAGGUCAAGGAAGCCAGAAAGACACGAGAACGAUAUGGAAAGCCAAGUCAAGGGAACCAGAAAUCAGAGUAGUCAAGGAUAGCCAAGGUCAAAAUACCGGGAAGGUCAAAUACAAGACAAGAAAUCGCACUCUCGGGAACCAAAAACUGAAACCACGACAGGGCAAUGAGCUAGGGAACUUCAGGGAUUUAAAUAUCCCUCCUUGUGCUGUGAUUGGUCAGAGCAUGACCUCUGACCCCAGAAUGUGAAAGGUUGUGACCCUCGGGGGGGGCUAUAAAUGGUCGCGACUGCGUCGUCUGUGCCAUUUUGCUUUGCAGCAGAGGGGACAGAGAUCCCAGUGGGACCGCUCCUGGCUUGUCGUCGAGUAGGUAAGCUCAGCCUAUCAGCGAGGUUGCACUGAUAGGGUGCGACCGCCAGUGGCGGAUCCAGAGCCUGAUCUCGGGAGGGGCACUUGUAGAUUAUUUAAGUGCCUUUUUUUUCAUUUAUUUAUUUUUUAUUUGUUUCCUUUUUUUUUUAUUGGACACAAAAGAACAAAAACACACAUAAAAGAAACAUUGACUAUACAAAACAUAUAGUUCUAUUUUAAACAAUCAAUAUAUAGAAUACUUCUCUCCUCCAGUAGGGCCUAACAUUCCAAAUAUUCCCUAUCCCAUUUUUAUUGGAAGGGGAUAACAUAUAAAGCAACAUUCAUAUCUGGCAGGACAGCUCCUAGAGAGGUUAAAUAUUUUCUCCUCUCAUCCUUGGGUUAUUUGUUUAUCAUGCUCACUUAGGGAUCGAUUUUAUCCAUAGAUCCCAUUUAUAAUUCCUUUUCUGAAUACAAUUUUGGUACUUCUCUCUUCCUAUUUCCAUAUUUUAACCUCAAUCCAUAGUGGUGACAUACAAGAUUUCCAUUUUCUGGCUAUUGUGAUAUUUGCUGCUAGCAAAGUAUGUACUACUAUGCCAUACUCUGCUUUGGGCAUUUUUGGAAAAUUUAAAAAUAGAAAGUAAGAUUCUGGUUUCAGUGGGAGUUUGAUCUUACUGAUUGCUUGGAUUUUGUCCGGCUCGGGGCCAGGUAGAUACGGUUACUGAGCUUAAAUUGCAUCUCUGUUAAAUUCAGGCAUCUUACUGAUUUACAGACUUUUUGAAAAGCUCCUGUUAAUUCUUUUUGAGUAAUUUUAACUUGUAUGUCCCUUUACCAUUUCUCUGCGGCCCUGAUUGAGCUUAUUUUUCCCCCAAUCUUAGCAGUUCUUUACAUCAAGCUAGCAUGCCUUUUGAUUCAAUCUUUCUUUGGAUUGUUUGGAUCUUUGUAAUUGUCUCUUUAGGUUCUAGGCAUAAAUGUUUCCUAAUAUUUCCUUUUAUUUGUAAAUAGUUAAAAAAAAUUCUCCUUUAAGUUCUUGUGUUUUUUCAGAAAUUUUAAUCAAAGUUUUAAUACGUUUAUCCACCAGUUAAUCACUUAUUGUCCUUAAGCCAUUUCUAUACCAUUUACUCAGAUUAAUGUAUUUUAUAUCAUUUGCUAAAUUUUCCAGGGGAGUAUUUAUUAGGACUUUGUUAUUUAACUUUAUUUUCUUCCUAAAUUUCUGCCAAUUAUUUAAAAUGUGCUCCAUAAUUAAACAUCUUCCAACUAUUGGCAUUUUUGAUACUUCCAUUGUCCAAAAUUCAUAAAAAAUGCAUGCAUCAACAUGCUUGCAUUAUGGUAUUCAUGUAUAUCUGGCAUAGAAAGUCCUCCUUGAGCAGGUUUCAGUUUAGGACCGUCUAGUUUUAUCCUCGUUUUUUUACUACGCCAGACAAAGUUCCUAAAUGCCGCCUGAACCAUAGAGAGAAAGCUACUGGGGACUAUGAGGUGUACCAUACGGAGAAGGUAUAACCAUACGGGGAGAACAUAUGAUCUUAAAAUAUUUAUUCUUCUCCAGAAUGAGAAUUCCAUCUUUCCCCAAUCUUUCAACUGUUUAGACGUUUGUUUAAGAAGAGGUAAGAAAUUUGCUUCUAUUAUUUUGUUUGGGUCAGAGCAUAUCGUUAUACCAAAGUAUUUCAUACUUGAUGACCAAUCAAAUUUGUAUUUCGUUUUUUAAGAGCUCUUUAUUUUGUACCAAAACAUUGUAACAUUGUACCGAAACACUGUAAUCCGGAACAUGUCCGGAUUAUACCUACUAAUCAAUUUGUUUUUGUGGCCAAUCUUAUAGUGUGGACGCAUGUGCAUCUUGCAAUUAUAUUAUAUUUCAUUUCUGCUGGACACUUGGGGUAUUAGGAGACUUUAUUCAACCUUGAGUGGAACACAUAGAUGUUCCACAAGAAAUAUGGAUUUCUAUCAAUUUCUGACAUCAUUUCACACAAUCUAGGUGAUAUAACUUCUUUUUUGUUUAAACUUAAAUUAUAUUUACAUUUUUAGUACUUAUGAUCAUGUUUGGACUCAUUUUUUAUUUUUCAUAUAUAUUGUGUAGAUAUGUGUUCAUUUCCUGUUUAUUGGUUUCCUUGUCAACCAUAGUCAUGUGAUUAUGGUUGUGACCAGUGGCAGAUCCAGAACCUAAUCUCAGGAGGGGCACUGGCACAUCAUUUAAAGAAACAAUCCAGACACAAUAACCACUGCAGCUCUCUGUAGUGGUUUUGGUGCUAGGAGUGCCGUGGCGCCCUCCCAGAGUAAGUAGUCAAAUCGUUUAAAAAACAGUUUGAUAACUUACCCGGGGUCUGCCGGGAUAGGGGCAGUAGUGUGUAUGUGUUUGAGGGGUGCAGUAUGUGUAUGGAGGGGCAGUGUGUGUGCACGGGGUGGGCAGUGCGUGUGUGAGAGGGGUGCAGUGUAUGUAUGGGGGAGCAAUGUGUAUAUUGGGAGCAGUGUGUUUGUGUGUAAAGGGUGCAGUGUGUGUAUUGGGAACAGUGUGUUUGUGUCUAAAGGGUGCAGUGUGUGUAUUGGGAACAGUGUGUAUGUGUGUGAGGGGUGCAGUGUGUGUAUAAGGGGGCAGUGUGUUUUUGUGUGAGUGAUGAAAUGUGUCUAUGAGGGGUUAGUGUGUGUGUAGUUACAUUGUGUGUAUUGGGGGCUGUGUGUGUAAGGGGGGCAGUGUGUGAAAGGGGGGCACUGAGUGUAUGGGGGCACUGUGUGUAACGGGGGGCUGUGUGUGUAAGGCGGGCAGUGUGUGUAAGGGGACAGUGUGUUUGUGUGUGGUGCAGUGUAUUUAAGGGGGGCUGUGUGUAAGGGGGAGCAGUGUGUUUGUGUUUGGUGCAGUGUGUGUAAGGGGGGCUGUGUGCUUGUGUGUGGUGCAGUGUGUGUAAGGGGGGCUGUGUGUGUAAGGGAGGCAGUGUGUUUGUGUGUGGUGCAGUUUGUAGGGUGUUAUAGUUUGUGUGAGGGGAUAGGGGGGCAGAUUAAAGAUAUUUUUUUAAAUGAUUAAAUAAUUACUAAAAUAUAGUUAAUGUCUCCCCUCCCUUCUUACCUUUGCUGAGGGAAGGGGAGACAUUGCUUUCUUCCAAACCCUGGUGGUCCCAGUGGUGAGAGUGAACUCUAGCCUGCAGCUCAGACUAGAGUUCACUCUCACAAGAACAGAGCGUUGCCAUGGUAACCGCAGCAACGCUCCGUGCUCGUGAGAGGAGAACCCGGCAGGUCCUCUCUCGCUCCACUGCCAGCCGUCCAGCAAUGUGCCUGUGUGGGCCAAGGAGGGAGAUCACUGAUCUCCCCUCCGGUCCGUGAAGGCAAACUGCAGGGCUGGCGCGAGGAUGGGCCGGCAGGGGGUAGCGUCGGCUUUACUAUUUUCUCGGGAGGGGGGAUGUGGAAUUCAGUACCGUGGAAUUCACUCUAAAUUGAACCACCUAGGGAAUGCUUUAUUCAAUUAAUCUAUUUUACUAUGAUGCACCUAUGUGUUAUCUGUUUAUAUUCUGCACUCCUUCUGCUCUGAGCCCUUUUUCCAGUAGAAUUAUUGAAAGACAGUGUUAUACUUUGUGCAUACCUGUUACCUAGCUUUGUUUCUUGCUUUGCAUUUUGUAUUUCUUUGCUAUUUUGUUUUUUUUUUUGCUAGAAAGACAGGCAUUUAAAGGACCACUUUAGGCACCCAGACCACUUCAGCUUAAUGAAGUGGUCUGGGUGCCAGGUCCCUCUAGGAUUAACCCUUUUUUUUAUAAACAUAGCAGUUUCAGAGAAACUGCUAUAUUUAUAAAUGGGUCAAUCCAGCCUCUAAAGCCUCUAGUGGCUGUCUCAUUGACAGCCGCUAGAGGCGUUUGCGUGCUUCUCACUGUGAAAAUCACAGUGAGAAGACGCCAGCGUCCAUAGGAAAGCAUUGUGAAUGCUUUCCUAUGAGACAGGCUGAAUGCGCGCACAGCUCCUGCCGCACAUGCGCAUUCAGCCGAAGAGGAGGAGAGGAGGAGGAGAGCUCCCCGCCCGGCGCUGGGAAAAAGGUAAGAUUUAACCCUUUCCUCACCAUCCAGCCCGGCGGGAGGGGGUCCCUGAGGGUGGGGGCACCGUCAGUGCACUAUAUUGCCAGGAAAACGAGUAUGUUUUCCUGGCAGUAUAGUGGUCCUUUAAUUCCAUUACAAAUCAUUAUUUCCACCACUAGAUGGCAGUACAAUACAAAGGCAACACAUUUCAUUCCACUAAACUAGUGAAGAUACAUGUUAUAUACAUUUGUAUAAUUCUUUUUUUAUUUGUGCUUUGGGUUUAUAGAUUUUAGAAGGCACCAUGCUUUUUGUCUAAUAUUUUUGCUGCUUUGUUUGAAGUGGAUCAUAUUGAAGAGAUCUGGCAAUCCCAUUUUUCAGUAAUCCGGGAGAGUACCUCCCCGCUGUUUAAUUAAUAGCUUGGAGUGUGCAAAUUAUGGAUGUAAUUAUGAGUGUGCAUAUGAAUGUUAUUGUGUGGAUUUGUAUGUGUAUGAAUGUGUGUAUUCAAGGAUGUGUGUCUGUAUACAUUGUGUGUUUGUCUAUAUCAGUCUGUGUAUGUAUUUGAAUGUGUGUGAAUAUGUAUGAGUUAUGUAUAUUAAUGUGUGUGUCUGUGUAUAUGUGUCCAUUAAUGUAUGUGUGUACUUCAUUCUUAGUACAUAUGAAUGUAUAUGAAUGUCAGUAUGUCCAUGCAAUUUCCGCAGACUG